AUUGCAUACAGUUGAAUUAAUUCGAUUGCAUUCAAAUUAACUUAAAUCUUUUAAAUUAAAAAAACAGUUCAAUAUUGUAAAAAUGAAUAUUUUCGCUAAAAUAUUCGUUAUUCUCUUCUUGACGACAUAUGCCUCAGCAUUAGGUAAUUUGUUGGGAGGCACUACAGGAGGCUUAGGAGGACUUACUGGAGGCACUACAGGAGGCUUAGGAGGACUUACUGGAGGCACUACAGGAGGCUUGGGGGGACUUACUGGAGGCACUACAGGAGGCUUAGGAGGACUUACUGGAGGCACUACAGGAGGCUUAGGAGGACUUACUGGAGGCUCUACUGGAGGCUUAGGGGGACUUACUGGAGGCACUACUGGAGGCUUAGGUGGACUAACUGGAGGCUUAGGAGGACUUACAGGAGGCUUAGGAGGCACUACUGGAGGCUUAGGGGGACUUACUGGAAGCUUAGGGGGACUUACUGGAGGCACUACUGGAGGCUUAGGAGGACUUACUGGAGGCUUGGGGGGACUUACUGGAAGCUUAGGGGGACUUGGUGGCGGAGGAAGUGGUGGAGGUGGCGGAGGCGGAGCUGUUUGUGUCCCUGAUGGAGGAGAUGAUUUGUUGGGAGGACUCCUUGGAGGUGUUACUGGGGCGUUAGGACUUGGUGGUAAUUCGGGUGGUGGUCUGCUCGGUGGACUUCUUGGUAGUGAUGGCGUGGUAACACAGCUUGUGAAGGACCUUCUAAAACUGUUGGAUGGUGAUUCGUGCGGUGGUAAUGGUUUACUUACAAAUCUCGUGCAAUCCGUUGUAGAUCUAGUAAAAAAAUUAUUGGGUUCGUCUGGAAGUUGCCCCGGUGUUUCAAACAGUAUAUUAUCAGGACUUCUACAAACCGUUAAAGACUUAGUUAAUCGGUUACUUUAUGGCUCAACUUGUAAUCCUGGUCUAUUAAAUGAUCUCCUGCGAAACGUUGUAGGCUUAGUUACAGGACUAAUAAAAGGAGGGCUUUUGAGUGGUACUGUGAGCAAUCUAGUCUAUGGGCUCUUGUGCUCCGUUCAAAGUUUACUCGAUUCAUUACUUGGACCUUGUUGAAUUGGUGGUAUGUCGUGCAAUUACUGCCCCAAAUGGAUAUCGUCGAAACCCAGAACGAAUAAGCUAACAUGAUUAAGCUACUUUUAGUUUCAUUUUCUUAGUGCACUUUCUAGUCGUAAUACUUCUCUUCAAAAUUAAAUAUUUGGCAAAAUAAAAUAAUACACCAGCAUUUAAA